AUGGCUUCUUCUUGCUGGCUCUCGCCGCCGAGGCUAUGGCGGCCGCUGCCAGUCCAGGUGAAGAAAUGCCAGUGGCGACGGCGCAGGAUCGGCGCUCGCAUUUGCGCUGUUGGGGCUGAUUUCAGCGACAUCGAUGCCACGGAUGAGAGCGAUCAGGGAGGAGGAUUCAAGGGGGGCGGCGCGAGGGCAAAAAGGCUGGAGAAAGUAAGGUAUGAGAAGCAAGCUCGCAAGGAGAAGGAAGACUCCACAUACCCCGAAUGGGCAAGGAUUUUUGAAGACCAAGCUCGCAAUGACGAUGAAGUUCGGGAGAUUCUCGGUGACAGCCUUGGCAAUCCAGAGGAGAUGGAAAAACGGUUGAGGGACAGGGUACUACGGAAAGGAAAUGACCUCUUUACUCCGAAGACUGGUACUGCUAUACCUCUGGAAGUACAGUUCCGAGACUUCGAUCCAGCGGGAGCAUUUAUUUGGUUCGAGCUGUGUGGUGCGCCAACAGAAAAGGACUUGGACAUCAUCGGAGGCGUCUUUAGAUCAUGGUACAUUCUUGGCAAGCUGGGAGCUUUCAACACCUUUAACAUGCAACUGACGAAGUUGCCAGUAGAAGCACCACCAAAGUACUCCGCGGAACUAGCCAAGCAAUCCUUGCCAGCUUACUUCCACAACAUUGGCGAUAUAGAGUACCAAGACACUAUCGGAAGAGUCUGGGUCGAUCUGGGAACGUCCGACCCGCUUGCGUGGGAUGUGAUCAUAAAUUCCUUGUCUGCUGUAAGCUCCGACCAUGUCGGCAUGAAGUUGCUCGUGUUUGGCGGUAACAAAUUUGGCGACUGGGAGGACGGAAUGAAAAAUCCCGACGAUGGCUACAAAGUCUACAAGAUCUAAAGCCACUGACGACAUGAUAUCCUUUCAAUGAGAGGGCCUGGGAAUCGAACCGAUUUUUUCACGUAAAACGGCGUGGCUGGCUAUGGUGGUGCCAAGUAAGCCCUAUUUGCAUGGGACACGUGGGUGCUACUGGAAGUGACACGUAACACUUGGCGAAAAUGGAAAGCCUUGGCGAUGGCGCUGGCGCUUUGCGCAGGAGGACGAGGAAUCUAGAUCUUUCUAUUCUCUCCCUCUUCUUUUUCUUUGUUUAGGGCCCGGGAAUAGGGAGAGCAGAGCUGUUGUGGCGAUAUUUUAUUGUCUUGCAUUGCAUGGCUGCUAAUAAGCGCGACUUGGCAUGAUGCGUGUCAAGAUCACAGCGAUCCAUCA